AUGGCCUCGGCCCGCCGCCCCGCCGGAGCCCGCCUGCUGCUCGUCUACGCGGGCCUGCUGGCCGCCGCCGCGGGCCUCGGCUCCUCGGAGCCCGCCGCGCCCCAGGGGAGCCGCGCCGGGGAGGAGCCGCCGCCCGGGAACGAGCUGCCCGCGGGCCCCGGGGAGAGCCGCGCGGGGCCGGCCGCCCGCCCGCAGGAGCCCGUCUCUGAGCAAGUGCAUAGUGUCAACCCACAGGACUCCUGGAUGCUUUUCAUCAGACAGAAUGACAAGGGUGUCGAUGGCAAGAGAAGGAGCAGGGCCAAGGCCAAGAAGCUGAAGUUUGGCCUGCCAGGGCCCCCAGGGCCUCCCGGCCCUCAGGGUCCGCCGGGCCCUGUCGUCCUACCGGAGGCUCUGCUGAAGGAGUUCCAGCUGCUGCUGAAAGGAGCGGUGCGGCAGCGAGAGCGCGCGGAGCCCGAGCCCUGCGCAGGCGGCCCCGACGGGCCGGCCGCCCCGAGCCUCGCGGGCCCCGCCAACGCCGGGGAGGACGAGGACGAGGACGAGGGCGGCGUGCUGGCGCUGCUGGCCCCGGGCCCGCGGGCGCCGCGCGUGGAGGCCGCCUUCCACUGCCGCCUGCGCCAGGACGCGUCGGUGGAGCGGCGCGCGCUGCACGAGCUGGGCUUCUACUACCUGCCCGACGCCGAGGGCGCCUUCCGCCGCGGCCCGGGCCUGAACCUGACCAGCGGCCAGUACACGGCGCCCGCGUCCGGCUUCUACGCGCUCGCCGCCACGCUGCACGUGGCGCUCGCGGAGCAGCCGAGGCGGGGGCCGCCGCGCCCCCGGGACCGCCUGCGCCUGCUCGUCUGCAUCCAGUCCCGGUGCCGGCGCAACGUCUCCCUGGAGGCUGUCAUGGGCCUGGAGGGCAACGGCGAUCUCUUCACCAUCUCCGUGAAUGGCAUCCUGUACCUGCAGAUGGGGCAGUACACCUCCGUCUUCUUGGACAACGCCAGCGGCUCCUCUCUCACAGUGCGCAGCGGCUCCCACUUCAGUGCUGUCCUCCUGGGUGUGUGAGUGGCCACCGCAGGCCCUUUCUCGCCACGCAAACGGAGCAGGGUCUGCACAAUGUCUAGACAGUAGCAGAGUGGCAGUGGCCAUGUGCAAGAGGAAGCCCACCUGGAACUCUGCCCAGACUGGCCCCUGCAGCUCGGCCCAGAAACAGCCAUUACAGGCAGGCCUGCGGAGGUGACAUGUGAGCUGGUGGUCCCAGAACCAGGGGUGAUUGGUGAUUUCGAGCUACCAUUUUUUUAAAGGGGAAAUGCCCUGUCAGGCUGUCAUCCUGGAAAUGGUUGCAUGCCUGGGAGCACUUGCUUGUCCCGGCUGCAGACCUGGGCUGUUGGGCAGCUUGCCGGGGCGGACCCAGCUUCUUUCCUGCGGCCAUGCCCGACCUCUUCCACCUUUCCUUGGGUUCUCAUGGGUGGCGGGCAGGGAGAACCGGUGGGUGGGGCCCUGUGUGGAGGAGGUGCAGGGCUGAGGGCCGCCAGUGGGAAGCGAGCUGUCCUCACUGCUCGGAGGAAACCCAGGCCAGCUGGGCAACAGCCUUGCUCACCGCUUGCCGUGUCUCCAUCUGGGCUCCCUGGUUCUGCCUGCAGCGGCCACAGAACCCAAGAUCCCUGCUGUGGGCCUGGGCACAGCAGCCUCAGGGACCAGAGGGACACUGGACAGCAGAUCCUGGGGGUGGGCGGAGAGUGAGUCUGAGCCCCGCUUCCACAAGCUGUCUCCACCUCUAAGGUGUGGGACGUUAGCACACAGGUCCCUUUCCAGAUGGGAGCAUUGCUCUUCCCUCUGUAAAUCCCUCCACAGCCAAGGCCCUUCACCCUCCCCAGAGACCAGCCUGGUCCCUUUUCCCAUUCCCACAGCUAGGAACCCACCUACCAGAUGAAAGAUCUAGAAUCUUUGCAGAUUAGAGAUAGCCAGUCCCGCUGACCCAUCACCUGAACCGCUGACAACUCCUGCUGCCUGAGUGGCCUGGCCUGGCCGGGUCCAGCCAGCGCUGGGAUGCUCCUUCAAAGCAUCUUGCUCACUUGGGUGGCAGUGUGGCUCUGAGCGAGCUUAGACAAGAUGCCACUUAGACAGGCCUUGGGGAAGCCUGGUCCCAGGCCUGCCAUGCUCCCGUGGCAGUGAUGGGCACAGGGGAGGGCGGGCAGUUCCUGUGAGGAGACACAGGGCUAUCAGCCUGCAGCUUGCUUAAACGUGGCACCCAACAUUUUUCCAAGUAUAGGACUGUCCCAGAGUAGCCAGUGGAGAGGACAAGGCCCUUAGCCACCACCUCCAGGGCCCGCUACUGCCUGCUGUGAAGAGUUGGCCACACCCCUACACACAACAGACCACAAGGGACCUAGAGCCAUAGGACCUCCAGGGGUGGGGGAGUCAAGCUGGUCUGGAACAGGGGCUCAGGCUUGGGAGCGGAGGCAGCAGCCAGUCACCCUAACCUUCUAGCUGGCCUCCAGGUGAGGUGACCACAGCCAGGUCUAAAUGACCUGCAGGAGCCUAGCUUCCCUCCCCCGGGUGCCGCAGCACACACAGGCGGACCAUUGUGUGCCCUUGGGCAGGCCUGGCCCGAUUCUCAGUAGGACUUGUACCCACCCUACCAGGAAGUGCUGGGCUGGCCUGGGCUGCAUCCCCAAGAGCUCUGAUAAGGGGUGGUGUGGCCACACCCUUCUCUGGAUUUCACUUUGUAUCCAGAGGGCACAGAUAUGUCAGAGAAUUUAUCUUUUACCCUUGAAAAAGCCACAUAACCACGUCUUUCAUUUUCUCCACAUGAGUGUGUUAUACAGCAAUCUAUCUAAGUAUUUAUUAUAUAAUAUCAGAUGGGAUGUAUUUAUACAGCUGACUUUAUGGGGCGGUUCAAGUACCUAAGAACCUGUUAACAAGACUACAGAGUUAUAAAAACAAAGAGCAAACCCCAAGAGAUGCAGUCUUAGUCCCUUAGCCCAGGUUCACCGAGGACAGUGACGGGUGAGCUCAGGAAGGCCAGGUGGAGAGGUGGCCGCCUGCCUCUAGGUGGGGGGACGCCCCUGAAGGUGUGGGACAGGGCCUGCCAGGGAAGCCACAGUGCCAGGCCUUUCCCCGGUUGAGGGCAGUGGCCCUUACAGACGGAUGCCUAGUUUGCUUUAAGAUACUUACCAAAUAAAUUAUAUUUCCUGACUCGGAGGUGCUGAGGUUUUCUUCCAUGAUACCAUACUGGUAUGGUACAUACUUCCAUGAUACCAUACCCAGUCCUUGAACAGAUUGGAAACCUGGUUCAUGCCACUCCCUAGGCCGGGGGGCAGCACCACCACCUCUUCAGGUUUAAGUUAUGACUUCCACACCACAGACCCUCAGAAGGAACCUCGGGUUAACGUGAACGUUCACAGCUGAGGUCCCUAGGGCUCGGAUGCCAAGCUCCACUGACUGACUGGUGAUAAGGCCGUCAGUGCUGGGUGGGAGCCAGGGAACAUUACCAAACAGAUCUGUAAGGGCAAGUUUUCAGAAUCUUACAUCAUCCAGAGCCAAACAUUUACACAGAAGUAUCUAAGAACUGCUUUACUAAAAAAUAAUUAUAGUAGUAAGGAUGACAUUAUAUAUAAACAAGUGCUUGAAAAGUAUUUUAUAACUGUUAUUAAUAACUCUGUUAUUCUGAGUAGGCCGAUCAUGCAUUCUUUUUAUCCUUCUAGCGUCUUUCACAGAAGGGUCCCCUUCAAACCGCAGUCCAGCACGGAGCCCACUGCUCACACAUCCCUAACACAGGAAGGGGAAUUUCAGAGGCUGCGCCGAGUGUCAGGUUGGCUGCUCAAACCAGUAAGGUGCCACCUUUGGCACCCAGGGGAUCCAGAUUUGAGACCUAUUACACCCAACACUCCAUAGAGUCUGUCCACGAGACGGCAUCUGUCACUAAUAGAAUCAGAAUAACGAAUUCUGUUCUGUAGGGUCUGACAGGGCGGGCGCAUGGCCACCUGAGUGACCUCGUGCAUCAGUCUAUUUCCUGGCUGAGCCUGGGCUUGUGUUGGGUACUGUUUUACAACACUUUUUGUGUGGAAAAUGGAAAAGAGCCAGAGGGUUCCAAAAGCCCUGGUGCUGGUCCCGGCCUUGUCCCUAACCAGUCAUCACCUUGAUCUCCUCACUGCAAAAUGCCACUUCCCCAACCACGGUCGUCAUGGGGGUGAAAGAGCACGUUACUGGCAGCCUGCAGGUCACUGGGAGCCAGUCAAGCUGCCUGUAACGGUUUUGACAAAGACAGACUCAG